CUGUUGGUAAUAAUCAUGGCCACCCGUCAUCAACUGUCUGCACUGUCCGUGCCUAUUGUAUUAUGAUCGGUCAAUGAUCUUGUUUAUAACCAUAUUAUCAAAUUGACCGCUAGGGAAGAAUUGCAUCAAAAUGACAGUGACAUAUAGUAGAAACAAACGUAUUUAGCGUCCAUUGAUGUGAAAUGUGAAGUGUUAGUGGCGCUCAAACUCCAUGUACAUUUAUUCAUUUAUCGUUCAUCGCCAUUUUGUUUGGCUUUGUGUUUACAGUGAAAAUGGUUCGGAAAUCAGACAAACUUGAAGUGGAUUAGAUUGUUCUUUUACACAUCACUCUUCGUCGUUUGUAGUUAUUGCAGUCCUUGAACAUCUGGUGGUAUCUCAAGAGGCCAAGGAUGUUUGUAUAAUUGUGUGCUGCUGGAAAGAAAGCUCCUACCGGAAGUUUACAGCCAUCAGUUAUGAUUGUGAAUAUUGUUUUCAACCUCCAUCAUGCAAGAUUAGUAAAAUCUGCAUGGAACUGUACAGCAUGCCCCAGCUAGAUAAAACUUCAUCAUAUGCAGAUACUCAAUAUGAGGGCGGGGGGGAUGUAAGCCAGAGGACUCCUACAAAUGAUGUUAAGAAGUUUGCACCAGUGCCCAGCGAUGCCUUACCCUUGUUGACAAGUUCUGCAUGGAAUGCUGUCAUCCAUCGCCCAGCUGAGGAUGACUCAGAACCUGAUGACCUCCCUUCAACUGUGGAUAUGGAUGCCAUCAAGGGUUCUCCAUCCACACCUAUGACUACAUCGAAGGGAUCUUCCUCCAUGGAAGUUGAUGGAUGGAUGUCAGGGAGGGUGGAUGGAAGUAAACAAGGUGAGAAGAGUGUGGAUGAUGAAGAUGACGAUGACGACGACGAUGAUGAUGAAGAUGAUGAUGAUGAGGAUGAAGAUGACGCAGAAGUUAGUAACACUGAUAGUGAAAGUGAUAGUCAAGAAUCAGAGGAUGUGGAUUCUGAUGAUUCUGGAUCUCUAAAUGAAUCAGGAAGUGAUUCAGAGGGAUCUGAAAGCGAGUCAUGUUGGAGUGACUCUGAUUCUGAUUCUGAAAGUAGUUCGUGUUCAUCUCAUAGUGGUCAUUCAAGUCACUCGUCUCAUAGUCGCCAAACUUUUUCAAUUCGAGAUCAGGGAGGUCUGAAAUUAAAGAUUGUUACAAAGAAAGGCCCCUCAAAGGAGAUCGAAGUGAAAAAAGGACCUUUAUCUAGUGCAAAAUCAUGCAAAGAAAAGACGGUCAAAUUUGAGAAAUCACCAAAUCAGGCUCCAAGCUUGACUCAGUCUUCCAACAUGAAAAGUGCUUCUGCCAAGGCAGUUGGGCCGAAGAAGGCAGAAACUGUACGAAAAAAAGCAAGAGUGGGUCAUCCUCUUCCGAAAGAUAAGAUGUCAAAUGCAUCGAGUCGUGGUUUAUGCAAUAUGCGGGUAUCAACAUCGCCAACGCCUUAUGGGAAUUUGGGUAGAGGUAGUGCACAAACUUCUUGUGCUCAAAAUCACUCAAAUAGUGAUGACUCUGAUGCUGAAGAUGAUGAGGAACGAGUGGAAGAUAUCUCACAGCUGGCCCAAGAGUUAGGGGAUAUGGAACAAGAAAAUAUGGCCAUAUCAGAGCAUUUGCAGGAAAUAAACCAAGAAGAUCUGGCUGCCAUUCUACCUGAUGUAGUGACAACUGACAACAAUGGGGAUGAAGGAGGACCACCGUUUGAUGGAUUUGAAGACAUGAGUUCUGAAAGUGGAAAAGUUACUGCAGAAAACAACACUUCUUGUAAUCAGCAUGGUGGGACUGAAUCUAGCAGCGACAUGGAGUUGCCAGAGCAAGUUGUCAGUGAGGCUAUCAAGAGGAUUCAUAUAGACAGUGAAGAUGUUGAGGAGGCCAGAGGAGAUUCAUCUUCUGGGGACUCUAGUGAGGAGGAAGGUGUUGGAGAAAUAGUACCAGGGCCAGGUUAUUCUUCAAACCUGCUGCAACAAUUUGUUGAAAAGACAGAAAUGCUUUCUUCUCAGUCUAGUUGCUCACAAGAUCCAGGGAAGGUAAGUUCUGUGUCCCGAGUUAAAAGAGAAGAACCUCGAAGGAAAAAAAGAGGAAGACCUCCAAAAGUUUCUGGCAAAACCACAGAUGAAGUUCCUGAAAAUUCGAAUCAUCCAGAAGGGUCAAGUUCUUCAGUGAAGUGUAUGCCUGAACUUGAAGCUUACAUGCGACUUGAUUGUUCGGUUUCGAAUGUUUCUCCAGACAGUGGAAUUCAAUCUGUAGCUGGAUCACCGGUACAUCAGGCUUGUUCACCUGCUUCACAUACUGCUGUUCACUCACCCAGCUUAUCUGCUCAUAAAGCGGUUUCUCCUGUUUCUAGUCCCCACAGCCUGAGGGAGGCGACUCCACCUCCUCCACAGCUGUUCCCUGGGGAGGAGAAACAGGAGCCUGCCAAGCGAGGCCCUGGACGACCACCCAGGGGCUCUAAAUGCCAGGCAGAUCGGAGAGGGCCAGGCAGACCAAAGGGUUCUGGCAAGAAAGCAAAAUGUGAACAAGUUUCUGCUACAACUACCAAGAAUGAUCCUGGUAGUGAUAAUGGGGGAACGGUGGCAGCUAUUAGUGGAACUGACAGCUGCGAUGAAAUUCCUCCAACUCCCUCUCCUGUCCCUAUAGCCCCUGUUAAAAGAGGGCCAGGCAGGCCUAAAAAAGCUCCCCCGGUCCUUGAGCCAAAUCUUCCUUUACCUGUACCCGAACAAAAGAAAAGGGACACUGAGAGUAAAAUAUCUGCAAGGAAAAAGUCAAAUGUAGUUAAGGGCAGUGAAGAACCUCCAGUUUCAGAAACAAGACUUUACGGUAGUGGCGUACUUUCUGAUGUGCCAUUGACCAAGACGCCAUAUAAAAGUAGUGUUAUUCUUAGUGACAUUUGUGAGAGGGUAAGUAAGCGACUGGACCAAUCAAUUAAUUUGUUGCCUACCACAGAUAUUAAAAGAUUACCAACCAAAUGCUCAAAAUCCAAAUCUAACAAAGAACAUUUUUAUAAAAAAAGUGAAUUAUCUCCAGAAGUGAAGGCUAAUAAAGGAAGGAAGAGAAGAGAGAAGGAUGAAAAUGGAUGUUCAGGCCCCAUGCCAGCACAAAGGCAGAGGCCCCAAGCAGCAGCAGCAUCUGCAGCAGCUGGAGCUUCUGUUGCAGCAACUCGCAAACCUGUCCUCCAGCACCUCCCUAGAAUGUUAGCAUUACCUUCUGGAAUCUCUCAUCAUAAGCACAAAAAGCGGAAAAAGAGGAUUAAAUUACCAAGACAAGAGAAAGUUAUAAUUGAUCCCACUUUCCUCUCUGAGUUAGAGAAAUUAACCCAGGAAUUUUCUCGAUGUUGUACAAUUACUAAGGGUGGUGCAGGAGUUCCUUCAAGUAAAAGUGGGGAAGUGGCCCUACCCUCUAUAUUCAGAGUGAAGAGAAUUGUAAAGAAGAGGAAAGGCAGUGAAAAGUCUAGAGCUAGUGACAGAGAAUCGGGUACAGAAGGUGACGGAGGGAAGGAAAAAAGUCGUCAACGCAGACCAAAGAAGAGCGCAGUUGAAGUUCCAAAGGGUCAUGAUCGAUCAGAAGCUGCAAGUAAUGAACAGCGACUUCCAUUAAAAAAACGUCAUUAUCACAUAUCAACAGCAGCUAGUCUUUUGACUUCUAAUUCUGUCUGCGAUGCUCCUAGAACUGAACUAUCAUCAGACACCAUCAAGAAGGCAAAUAGUGUGGAUCGGGUUUCUUGUGUUGAUAAGGAAAAAAUUGGUGAUAAACUUUGUGGGACAAAUACAUCUGGACCUGGAAAUAAGAACCAGUCAAAACCAAGUGAAAAAGCCCUAAUUACUUCAAAAGAAAAGCCUAGUGAUAAAAGUAGCUGUUUAAACAACGUAAGUAAAGGUACUGUUACUGAUGUGAAAUCAAGAAAUACAUCAGAUCCACCUAGAGAUUCCAUCGAUGAAGCUAUUGAAGCUUGUAUAACCCGUUAUACAACAAUAUCUCCUCUAGAAAAAGGUCCCUCUUCUACAAGAUCGGUUAUUGUUACUCCUAAAAAGCGGCAUAGGUUAGAAAAUGUAAAUGCAUUUAGUCACAGGACAUCAUGUAUUGCUGCUUGUAAAGGAAAAGAUAAUUCAUCUGAAGGUGGAAAUACAUCAAAUAGUAACAGUAACAAUAAUAUCAAAAGUGUGGUACCUCUGAACAGUUCACCUCCACCUGGCAAAAGAGCUGGUUCUAGGAGUGCUAGUUUGAAUUCUCCUUCAACAAAUUCAACAAAUAUGUGUUUGACAUUAUCUCCUGUUCCCAUGCCUGAUAUAAAGACAAUUACUGUUGCAUUGGAUACAUCACCAAAGUCUUUGGAUAUUGAAUCUUCCCUCUCAGCCAGUCCUGUUGUUAAACCAGCAUCACCCUCCACACCUAAAAUCUGUUCAUCUCCUAACAAAGUCACAACUCCGAAUAAGUUAAAUUCUCCUUGUACGAAGACCGUCACAGCAAGUAAAUUGUCUUCUCCUAUUUUAUCAAAGACACCUACAAGCAAAACUUCACCUCUUCCAAAUAAAGUGAAUCAAAGUCAUAAUAAAUUAUCACCCAAUUCUAAAUCACCUGUAAGUAAGAAUCUGAUUCCAGGCUGUAAAGGAACUGUUCCAUUGGAGAAAUCUUCAGGUAAUAAUAAACAAGGAGUGUCUGGCAGGACUUCAGGAAAUAAAGUUACAUCUCCCAAUAAAGCUAAAGUGUCGUCGAAGAAAGUUACAGUGCCACACAGUAGAAUUAUUUCACACCGAAGAAGUCCAAGUGUUUUAUCUAAAACUUCCACCACCAGCAAGAACAGUCUCUCAAAACCUCUUGCUCUUUCUUCAAAACUUAAUACUUUGGCUGAUUCUGUCAGUGAUGUGUCUUCUGCCUUACAUAAUUUAAGAGGAAAGCGAUCAAAUGGGUCUGUUGAGAGGGGUGACUUCAGUUUAAAACGCAGUGUGAAUAAAAAGAAAAAAUUGAUUCGUGAUGUUCGGGUUCAUGUUACAAAAUUAACACCAAUGGAUCUCUUGAAAAAGGCUGUUGGUGCUGUCAAAGAGAGAGCUCGACGGAAAAAAAGUAUAAAUAGGACUGGUUUCCCCAUUAAGAAGAAGAAGAAAAAACGGUCACCCAUUCUUGAUCACCUUGAAAAUCAUUCAAACAGUGCUAGUUUGUCUAACCCUGAUUUGGAAAAGAUUGCCUCUGCAUCCCCUAAUGAAUCUUCAUCAAACAUAGAAUCUUUCCCUAAAGUGAUUUCUACUAGGGCAAGUGAUCCAUCUGAUAAUAUUGAGCCUAUGCCUGAAACUGAGGGUAAAAGUAAUUGCAAGAGUGACCAAACACCAGAAAAUUCUUCGAAAUCAAGGGGUCGUAAAGCACAGAAUCUGAAAGAAGAAUCUUCAUCUCCAAGUGAUAUAAAAAUCAAAGAAAAACGUGAUAGGUCUGGCAGUUCAACAUAUGAGCAAAAUCGAAGGGAGGAUGAUGAUACAGAUACUGAAUCUGAUGCUUUGGAAUCUAGGCCUCUUGGCACCUACAAGAAGUACAGAGGACAUCUCACCGAGGACAGAACUGAUGAAGAAAUGAGCAUUGAUACUACUGAGGAAUCUAGCACUCUGCCCAUGCUAGAAAACAAAGUAAAAGGAAAGAGAAAGAGAGAUUCUUCUCAUGAUGAAUUUAGCCAAGCUCAGUUACUUACAAAAAGAUUGAAGAAAUGCCGUGAUGAUGAUACAGAUAAAGAUGACGUGAGUGAUUGUGUUUUGCCUUAUGAAUCAAUUCACUGCAGUGAUGCCCCGUCAGGCGAUGAAUCUACCAGAUCAUGCAGACGUAAAAAACAGCCACGGUGGAGAAAAAAAUUCUUAGCUGCUGGUUUAUUUUCUGAUUAUUAUAAGGAAGAUGAGCCACGAAAACCUCAGAAUGAUUCAGGCAAGUCUCGGUUGAUAUAUAGACCAGAAGAACAUCAGCAUGGUCUUUUACCUCCACCUUAUCACUGUGGAAAAUAUCUAAGACAACGUCGUGUAGAAUUUAAAUUGCCAUAUGAUCUGUGGUGGUUGCACACUCAUAGUCAGCUUCCUGGACGGGAUAGAGUUCCAUCCUGGAAUUACAAAAAAAUUCGUACAAAUGUGUACUAUGAUGUGAAACCUACAUUAACCUAUGAGGCACAAGCUUGCAAUUGUGUUUGCCCUGCUGAGGUUGAUAAAAGAGGCUGUGGUGAAGAAUGCAUCAAUCGCAUGGUAUUUUUGGAAUGCUCUCCACAACUCUGUCCUUGCAAGGAAUUGUGCUCCAAUCAGCGAAUCCAGAAACAUGAAUGGGCUCCUGGUCUUGAUAAGUUCAUGACUAAAGAUAAGGGUUGGGGUGUGAAAACUAAAUAUGCAAUUAAAUCAGGAGAAUUUAUUCUGGAGUAUGUUGGAGAAGUGGUAAGUGAAAAGGAAUUUAAGGAUAGAAUGGCAUCACGCUACAUAAAUGACACGCAUCACUAUUGUCUCAAUUUGGAUGGUGGAUUGGUAAUAGAUGGGCAUCGAAUGGGUGGAGAAGGGCGUUUUGUAAAUCAUUCCUGUGAUCCUAAUUGUGAAAUGCAGAAGUGGAGCGUAAAUGGUUUGUUCAGAAUGGCCCUCUUUGCUCUGAGAGAUAUCCAACCCCAUGAAGAAUUAUCAUACGAUUAUAACUUCUCUCUUUUCAACCCUGCCGAAGGCCAGCCGUGUAAGUGUGGAGCAGCAAAUUGUAGAGGCGUCAUUGGGGGCAAGUCCCAACGAGUAAAUGGAUCUCUACCUAUUGAAAAGGAAGAAAAAAGUGAACGGAGACUUGUUGGGCGUCCUCGCAAGAAUGUACGUAAGACCAGUACCACUAGUAGUAGUAGCAGCAACAAGCUGAAGUACAAGAAGAGGCUGGGAGAGGGCAGUUCCAGUCAAAAGCAUAGCUACAUUACUCCUGUAAAGCCCAUGUCUCACCAGCAAAGGUGUUUUGCCCAAAUGCACCACUGUUUUUUGCUUCGAAAUUUAGAAAAGGUGAAGCGAUUAAGGGACAGAUUGAAACAGGCGUCGCGUCGGGAGCAACCAGUAUCUUGCAGUUAUCCCCGUCCACAAGUAAAACAGUCAGAUGUUUUCUUGACUCAACUGAAUGCACUAUCCACUCCACGUAAUAUACGCACCAGACGAUUGGCGCAAGCAGAAGAUAACCCAGAACUCACAAGGACUGCUAGACUUGCCUAUGUGUUUAGAGAUUUAUAUAAUGUUGUUAUGGCUGCGAAAGAUGAAAAUGGUGAAAUGCUUGGUGCUCCUUUUUUGACUCUUCCUUCAAAACGAAAAUUACCUCAAUAUUUCCAACGAAUAAGUGAGCCAAUUGAUCUUGGUACUUUGGAACAAAACAUUGUGACAGGUUUUUACAAAACAGUAGAAUCAUUUGAUCAAGACAUGGUCCGAUUGUUUUCAAAUAAUGUGCGCUUCUUUGGAAGAACAUCAGAAUUGGGAAUCACUGCUACUCGUUUGAGAAAAGUUUAUAAUGAAGCUAAAUUGGAUUUCUUGGGUCAGUUGGAAGAAAUACUGGGAGAAAGUCCACCAUCCUCUUUUAUUCCUGAACAUGAUCCAGGUGGUGAGGAAGAAGAUGUAAUUAGAUGUAUAUGUGGUUUGUACAAAGAUGAAGGCAUGAUGAUACAAUGUGAACGAUGUUUAGUUUGGCAACAUUGUGAUUGUGUUAGAGCAGAUGAAGGCAUAGAACAUUAUCUUUGUGAACAGUGCAGUCCCAGGGAAGUGGACUUGGAAAUCAUCAUGUCUCCACAGCCUCAUUAUGCCACUCCUGGAUUAACAUACUUUAUAACUCUGCUUCGUGGAGAAUUGCAAUUACGUCAAGGUGACACAGUUUAUGUCUUACGUGACAUGAUUGAGGAAAAUGCUCCCAAAACUUCUCCUCCAACAAAACACACAUACAAAACAAUAAAGGACUACAAGUAUACAGAUUUUGAUAUUUUCAGGAUUGAGCGACUGUGGAAGGAUGAAAAGGGUGAAAGAUUUGCCUUUGGACAUCAUUAUCUAAGACCUCAUGAAACAUAUCAUGAACCGUCUCGGAAGUUUUUCCCUAAUGAAGUGAUGAGGGUAGUUCCCCUUGAUCUCAUCAUGGGUCAUUGCUGGGUCUUGGAUUUGAAUACGUUUUGUAAAGGACGACCAGUGGGAGCCUCUGAAGAACAUAUCUACAUUUGUGAAUAUCGGGUUGACAGAAGUGCCCAUCUCUUCACCAAAAUUGCAAAACCUCGACACACUGUUUGCACCAAAGCAUAUGCUUUUGAAACCUUUGACAGAAGAUUAAAACCUCAGAGGACAUAUACACCUCAUGGUCCAGUUGCCCCCAGGGCUCGAGGGCGCAAUGCAGGUUCUCGAAGUGCUGAAGAAGAUCCCAGUAAGGUGGCACCUGGCCCACAGCCAGCUCCAUGCAACGACGAAGAAGAGGAGGUUCCAUUAGCCAGAAGAGCUAGUCAGAAGAAGCGUCUGAAUGUGAUCCUGUUGAGGCUGUUGGCACGAUUACCCAGUAAACAGCCUUUGGAUUUGUCAUUUUUACUUGAACCAGGGAGACGACAUCGUAAAAAAUCUAGCGUUCUUAAUCCUUGAGAAUGGCUACUGUAAGGGGGGUUUGGUUUCAUUGUGGAAGCUAGCCAACUAGUAGUAAUGAUUAAGGAAACAAGAAUGAAUGUUUUUCUGUUCCAUAAAUAUUAUUUAUAGAAUAUUGGUGGGUUGUGUAGAUGAUAAUUGUAUUUAUUUCAAUUCUUGGAACUGUUACUGAUUUUUCCCAUUCUUUUUCUAUUUCAAUUGUGUGCACAAGAUCUCUUCUGUAAUGUUUUACUAUGUAUUUAUUUAUUUUUUUCUAUUCUUACAUAACUUUUCUUGAGUUUGUGCAUAUAAUUGUUACGUAUAUUUACUAGUUUUCAAAUUCGUAUACUUCAGACUGGAUAAGGCAGGGUAUAUCAUACGUUUGUAAAUGGGAACUGAAUGGAAUGAAUUACAAAUAUCCCAACCCCCUCUCCCAGAUGGUGUAACUGAUUCUGAAUCAACGAUUAUUAAUAAAAAAUCUGCUGAUAUCAAAGUAGAUUUAAAACUCCUGAAGUUAUUGUGAACUUCAAUAAAAUGCAUUGCACACCUCAAGAAAAUGUGAGAAAAUGUCAGUUUACAUCCAUCUGAGGGAAUUUAUAGCUUUUCUCUAAGACGUUAUUGGACAUACAAGUACAGAGCUGUACUAAUCUACAUCACUACAUUGACAUAUCAUUUUAAUUAACAUUAAUUUCAUGUUAUGUGAUUUUUAUCAAUCAGUACUCAUAAAUAUAACUUAAAUAUAACUUUUCUCCCUGGAUAUUUCUUUCUUGCCAUAUUAUGGAAUAAUGUUUGAUGCACAUAAAAAUAUGUGCUAUAACAUCAAUAAUUAUAUCUACCCUUUUAAAUAGAUGUUUUAAUAUUUAGGUUUUACUGUACAUUAAAAGUUUUCUUCUUUCACUGUAUUUCAUGUUAGGUGACUUAUUAUAUUUUAGUUUGAAUAAGCAUAUUACCAAAUAUGCCCUUUACAAAUACUGGACUCGAAUAUUUAUUCAUCACCAAUUAUGACAGUUAUUAGUAAAUGUUUAAUGACUGAGAGGACCCUAAAUCAUAUACUUCUGAGAGCAGGAGAAUAUAUUUGUGAUUUUUUAAUGUCUAUGUUAUAUACUGUAUAAAGACAAGUAUUGAAAUUAUUCUCAUUAAUAUUCUAAUUUUCAUUGUAAGAAAUUACAUGGAGAAACAUGAUUCUCUUGUAAUGUUUGUAAAGCUUUGUAGAGUUGAGUUCCUGGUCAGAGAGUUAGUGUGUAAAUAUUAAUCAUAUGUAUUAUGGUGCCAUAUUGGCAUGUAAGAUUAAUAAUUUACCUCGUAACAUUUAAGUUAUUGGAUUAUUCAACCAGGAAUUUACCUCUAAAAUUGUUUUUUUAUCAGUGCUGUGAAUGGUUUUUAAAUGAUGUAAAUUUGAGACAAAUGAUUGUAUAUUUGUAUGCAUGAAAUGAUAUGAAACACAUAGAUGUUUGCCUCUAAUCUUUAUAGCGAAUUUAAGAGAACUCAAAAGUACAAAAGAUUGCUAAAAACUGUACUGGUUUCUGUUGGGUGAAGAUUCUGGAUAAACCCAAGUAUUGAAGAAGUUGUUUAGAUGAGAAACUGCAGUUUUUCUUUCUUUCUUUUUUGUAGGGUUAUAAGAAAUGAUUCAUGUGGUGAAAAAGAAAGUCUAUUUUUAUGCUAGUCACAAAAAGUGGGAAAACUAUUUUUCUGCAUGCCAAGUUUGUUAUUUGUCCAUUUUGAAUGUGUGUUAGCAAAUGAUGGCUUAGCCAUAGUAAUUUUUUUAUAUUGUUAAAAUCUCCAGUGCAGCAUUUAAUAUAUUCAUUGUAUUGAGGCAUAAAUAUUACAAAAUAUUUACAAAUAAUGUAAAUGUGUGAUUGUACAGUAUGAAAUACUGAUUAUGUAACUGUAAUUUAUUUUGUACAUUUCCUUCUUCAGAGUAUUCAAUACUCAAGUAUUAGUAUAAUGUAGUAACUUGUACAGCUGUAGGUCACUAAAUAGUUUCAAUAUAUAAAUCAAUUUUUGUUUAAUUAUUCAUAACGACAAUUGACUUCAAUAACUGAUCUAUUUUUGAGAACAAGCUGAUAUGUGAUGUGAGUUUUUAUCUCGAGCAAUAAAAAUUAAUUUAUGGAGUUUGCCAAUUUCAAUGCAGUGUAAGAUUCUCUGAAUUAUUUGAUUGUUAGCAACUCCAUUUGUAUGUAGAAUCUGUAUUGUGUUGCUUAAAUAUUUUACUAAUGCUAUUUCUUUUCUUCCAACUUUAUCACAAAAAUAUUCUACCAUCUGAAUCAGUUCAGUUUGUUUUUCUGGUAGACUAAAUGUAUAUUAAACAGGAUAAUUAAUUGCUAGCAAUUUUAAAUGAUAAAAUCUCUGAAUACAAAAAACUCUUGUCAUUGUGUACAUUCAUGUUUUGGGAAAUCUCUACCACCUAUUCUUGCAUGCCAACUAUUCAUCAGUCAGGGUAUUAAUUUCUGUGUUAAAUGAAAUUGUUGUGAGAUGCUUUUUGGAUGCUACUUGAAUUUCCGUCUAAUUAUUAUUUUCCUCCGCUUGAUGUCUUCAGAAUUUUUCAAGUCUAGUUUUCAGAAAACUCUUCAGUUUUCUGAAGUGCAGAAUAUUUUCUGAAAUAAAAACAAGGAGAGUCUCUGAAGGAACAUUUCCUCAUUUGUGGCCCGUUUAAGAAUGUACAUAGCCUUUUAGUGUAUAAUAUGAUCAUGCAAAAUUUUACUGACUCAUUAGUUAAUAUUGUAUAAUAAGAACAUAAUUGUCUUUACUUGACAAGCACUUUCAAUAUUUUUCAUUUUGAAUAUUGUUAAUACAUUUUCAUUUAUAUGUGCUACACUUUUUUCUUCGGAUUAAAUCCAAGAGAAUAGUGAUCAGGGGUAAAGGGAAUUUUUUUUCCAUAAUCGCAUUGUGUAGCAUAUCAGGGCUUUCUCAAAGUGAAUUUGAAUAUAAUCUCAGAUGUAGAGUAAAUGUGUUUGGCAGAAACAAAUUGUGAAGUUAGAAUGUGUAUUGUUAUUGUUGUCUAGAAAUUAUUAAAUGCAUUGUAAUUGGCAUUGACACAUUUUUUAAUAAUUUCUGUGGUCUUAAGGAUUUAUUUGCCUUGAGAACUAUAAACAAUCCCUUGAUUUUAUUCUUUUUUUCUGCUGUCUUAUUCUUUAAUGAAUUAAACUGUAUUAUUCAAUGCACAUGUAUAAGUAAUAUUAUGAAAUUGCAUCACUCUUGAGAUUGUCUUAUGACUAUAAAAGUACUCGCAAUACACAUUAAAUGUGUCGAAAUAAAAAUCAUUGAGCUAAAUAUAUAAUUUUUAAGUAGUUUUAAUAACAUGUUGAAAGUUAACCCAGGAUAUUAUGGUUCUUAUUUGUUUAUAAAUUUGUACUGCUUAAGGAGGGAAAUUAUAUCUUUGAUUACUAAACUUAAAUGAAUUCAGGCUAGACUGAUUCUGAUUGAGGUGGCGAAGUGUUGAAAAUGUUUCCAUAAAUAAAUACUAUGUGAUAUUUCUAUUAGUACUUGUUUCUGCUCACUGGUUUUGUUUUAUUGCCUUUUUGAUGUAGGAAUCAUUACUUAAUGAAAUUGAAUUUAAACUUUUAAACAAAUUAUUUGUUAAUAUACCAACAAUCAUUACAAAAAAUUUAUUUGCUUCAAUUAUAGUAACCAAAGAGUUGCAUUAAGCACUAUUGUAUCGCUUUUAAAAAGUUACACCCCACUGCUUCAUCUAUCAUUUGUCAGUAGUAUCUGAAUAUUCCAAAUAUGGCUUGCAUCUGAAAGGAAGUAAAAUGAUGUUAAAAAAGACUUGUUGAAAAAAUCGUAUUUCUUAUAGUUAAAAUGUUCUUUGCUCAUAAGUUAGGUCAGCCUGAACAAUUGGAUUUGUGAUUUGGUGUAUACAACUGAAACUUUUGCCAUUUCAAUGCAAUCUCCAUACUUUGUCAGAUUAGAGGGAUAAAUUGAUAUUUGUAUAUUACCAGGUACUUCUCUAAACAUUUCCACAAACAUCUUGUGGGAAUUAAUCAAACACAGUGGUUUGUUUCUGUAAAGACGGAUGGCAGUGAAAUGUUCAGUGUUUAAUUCUAUUCUUAUUCAGAUGGGGGCAAUAAUUAGAAAUACAUGUGCUUCAAACAAAUAACUUUUGUGGGAGUAGGUUAAUCAUUCUUUGCACCAAUAUUAGUGUAUUUUAGAGUAAAAAAUAAAUAUUAGAAGCAAAGCAGGUUCUCAAGGUGCAAAAGUACAAAACUUUUCACUCACUUGAGACCAAAAUAAUGCUUCCUUUUUCAGAAUCAAUCUAAAGUUUUUCCAAAGUACCUUAAAAGGAAAAAAAAUAUGCAAACAAUUUUAAAUGCUAAUAUUGUUUUCAAAAAAGACUGUAAAGGGUACUAGAAUGUGUGAUCACUUGAGUGAAAGAUCCUGUUUUUGCCAUUGUGGGUACAGAAUGCGUUAUAUAAUGUUUCAAUUGUACUUUUAGUAAAUUUAUGUAAAGGAAUGUAUCUUAAUUCAGGUACAAUGUUCAUGCAAAGUUACAGUAUUAAUAGCACUUUAUUUGGAAUUAGUAUUAACAAACUUGAUGUCUCUGUGAGUUUACAUUUUGAGAGGUUAGUCCUGCUUUGAGCAAACUAAGGAAAUGUGGUCAAUUGUGUUUUCAUUCUAUUGUACAUAAUUCGUUACAUCACUAAAUAAUGUUAAAUUCUCAAAGCCUUUUUCAAGUUCAUACAAUUCUCACAAGUCUCACUAGGCAUUAUUGUUUAAUUUUUUAAAAUUAUUAUUUUGUCAUUUAAACCGUGUACAAAUCAUUAGCCAAAAUGGCAAACUACAAGCUUGUGCUUUUGGCACUUCUGUUUUUAUGAUGUUUUGGAAUGUUCCAUUUGUAUUCUUCUGCCCUGAAUCCACUUAUUCACUGACAGACCUAACACAUGGUUAAAUGAGUUGUUAAAACUUUCACAAUAGUGAGACUAAUUAA